AUGCCCGAUGUCUGUGAAAUCCAUGCUGAAGCAACUUUCUGCUUUCAGAGAAUACGCCUGGAGUCCCAUGUGAGGUUCUCCGUGCUGUGGCAUCUGACACGAGACUUGAACAUCACCAAAUCCUCUCCUUUUAAUCGCACAUUUGACAGAUCUCUCUUCAUCAUGCUCGACAGUCUGAGUUUUUGGGAUCCGUGCACUAGCGCUGUAGGUCGGGCUUGGCUGAAUCAGGUGCUUCAGAGACAUGACAUCGCUCGGGUUUUAGAGCCCCUCCUCCUCGUCCUGCUCCACCCAAAGACCCACCGUGUAUCCAUCCAGAGGGUACAGUCCCAGCGCCACUGGGCCCAGGUCUUCCCUGAAGCACAGGAACAGGGCCCAUCAGAACCCCUUUUCGCCAGGGACUCUGGCUUCUCAGACAACUUUGCUCAGAUCCAAGGGGACAGGUUGGCCCCAGAUGAUUUCCGAGGCCUUGUGAUGGGGGACAUGGAGCCGUUCUGCCUGACUGUUAACCCCCUGAGUGACAGCCUCUCCUUACUGAGCCUGAGCAGCGAGAACCUGCAUCUAGCUGGUGAAUAUCAGCCUGCUGACCAGCAGGGGGAGCUCCAGAGCUCUGAGUCCAGUGCUUCUCAUUCAUCCGCUGGGGAAAAUGGCAGCUUUGAGGAACCAGAAGUUGUCAGCAGCACAAACCAACAGCCUUUGGACGACAUGUCUGAACAGUCUAUAGAGGAGGCUGUGUCCCUUGUUAUUAAAGAACUAAUAGACAGGGUUUUGAGUUUAAUAGAUGAGGGGUCUUUUGAACUCUCAUCUCAACCUGAAAACUGGCCUCAGACAGACACUGACAGCACUUCCUCAGAAAACUCCACUGGUCCCUGCCUUGAAUCAGGCCCCCCCCCAGGCUCCAACCACCAGACUCUGCCUGAGAUGCUGGCUGGAGGCACGCUGGAGUUCCUCUCUGUUUCACAAGUGGAUGUAUCUGUGGAGGAGGAGCACAGAGAGGGCAUCACACGUCACAGUUCAUCACCUUCCAUCGUCACGUUGCCAGAUAGCUCAAAUCCUCCCACCCCAGAACACCGCCUGCAGGUCGACGAGCUUCAAGCCCGCAAACGUAGCCACAGCAGCAACCAGCUCAGCCUGAGAGGGAAGAUCCUGGAGAGGCUGUCGGACAAAUCUCCAGGGGCCAAGCCCAAGAUGAAGAAGGCCAAGAGGAAAGAGGAGGAGAGGCAGAGGAAGCUGGCCAGUCAAGCUGAGAAACUGCGGCCGCCGAGUAUCUUCUUCGGGGACAGCCUGGAUCUGGAAAACUGGUACAGCUGCGGGGAAGGGGAGGUGUCGGAGAUCGAGAGUGACACCGGCUCGCCCAGCGGGGGCUCCGUAGGGACCGUUGGGGGGGUCAGUGUCACAGGACGAAGAUCAUCCUCAGUCCCACCUCAUUUCAACAUCCAUCCUCUUUAUCAGCAUGUCCUGCUCUACCUCCAGCCGUACGACUCCUCCCGAGCGCUCCACGCCCUGUCAGCAGUCGCAGCCAUGCUGAGGGCCGCUCCCUCGGGGUUCGUGAGCGCCAUCUCCACCACCAGCAUCAACAACACCUACACUCCGCAGCUGUCUCUGCUCCAAAACCUCCUCGCCCGUCACAGGGUCUCCGUCAUGGGCAAAGACUUCUACUGCCCCAUCCCCCAGGACUCACACUCCCACUCGUUCCGCAGUGCAAUGUACCUGGAGAUCAUCAUCUCACUCUGCCUCUACUUCCUCAGAAGCUACUACUCCGCCCACCUGACGGCAGGCCCCGAGGACUUGGCAGGAAACCGGGCCAUGCAGCUGACCAGCGUCGAGGUUCUUACACUCCUUUUCAGCGAGCUCUCCAAAGUCACGGGCGGCUCGGCUAAGGGCUUCGCUAGUUUUAUCAGCGACGUCCUCUCCAAGUGCAAAGUUCAGAAAGUGGUUCUCCACUGCCUGCUCUCCUCCAUAUUCAGCGCUCAGAAGUGGCACGAGCAGCGGGUGGCGGGGGUGAACGUGGCCACGGUGGAGGAGGGUCUGUCAGAGGACAGCGUCAUCAACCUAUCGGAGGACCAGAUCGACAGCUGCAGCGCCGUCCAGUCCCAGCUGCUCCGACUGCUGCAGAGCCUCGUGGUGCUCGAGCACAGGGUGCUGGUGCCGGCCGAGGAAGGAGGAGAACCUGUACCUGGCGGGGGGACUGGAGUCGGGGGAGCUGGGGGAGGUAAUGGUGCUGGCUUUGAGAUCCUGGGAGGGGAAGUGGAGCACCUCAACCCUCAGCAGCCAAUGACGUCACUGCAAUACCUCCACGGACAGCCUAUCACAGCGCAGGGAAUGUUCCUGUGUGCAGUGAUCAGGGCGCUGCAUCAGCACCACGCGUGUAAGAUGCACCCCCAGUGGAUCGGACUCAUCACAGCCACCCUGCCGUACAUGGGGAGGGUGCUGAGGAGGGUGGUGGCCUCCGUCACUCUGCAGCUGUGCAGGAACCUGGACAAUCUCCUGCAGCAGUACCGCUAUGAGACCGGGAUCACUGACGUCAGACCCCAGUGGAUGGCUCUCUGCAUCCCUCCUGACCUGAUUCUCACAGUGCUGGAGGGGGUGACAGCCAUCAUCCAUUACUGCCUGCUGGAUCCCACUUCCCAGUACCACCAGCUACAAGUGAGCGUGGACCAGAAGCACCUGGCUGAGGCUCGCUCAGGCAUCCUGUCCAUCCUCCACACCAUCAUGUCUUCUGUCACCCUGCUGUGGAGCAUCCUCCACCAGGCUGACAACUCCGACAAGCCAGCUGCCGCCUCUGCCGCCUCCACGUCCAACAUCAACCUGGGCUCCACUAAGAACCUGCGGCAGCAGAUCCUGGAGCUGCUGGGUCCCAUCUCCAUGAACCACGGUGCUCACUUCAUGGCAGCAAUUGCCUACGUUUGGAAUGAGAGGAGACAGGUCAAAACUCCCGUCAGAAAUAAGGUGAUCCCUGUAGCCAGUGAGGAGCAGCUGCUGCUGGUGGAGCUGGUCCGCUCAGUGAGCGCCAUGCGCACUGAGACCGUGAUGCAGACGGUCAAAGAGGUCCUGAAGCAGCCGCCUUCCAUCGCAAAGGACAAGAAGCACCUCUCCUUGGAGGUGUGCAUGCUGCAGUUCUUCUAUGCCUAUGUCCAGAGGAUCCCAGUGUCCAGUCUAGUUGACAGCUGGCCCUCCCUGCUGGCGCUGCUGAAGGACUCGGUGCCUCUGGGCCUGCCUGCCCCGGGACAGUUUCUUAUUCUCGGAGUUCUAAAUGAGUUCAUUUUGAAGAAUCCCAACCUGGAGAGCAAGAAGGACCAACGGGAGCUGCAGGAUGUGACCCAUAAGGUGGUGGAGGCCAUCGGGACCAUUGCAGGCUCCUCUCUGGAGCAGACCACCUGGCUGAGGAGGAACCUGGAGGUGAAGGCCUCUCCUCAGAUCGUCGUGGAUGGAACCAACCUUGAAACUGAUGUAGAAGAUUUAAUGCUCACAGUGAUGGAGGCCUCCAGCUUCACUCCAUCAGUGUACAGCGUUCACGCCCUGACGCUGCUGGCCGAGGUGCUGGCUCAUCUGUUGGACAUGGUGUUCUACAGCGACGAGAAGGAGAGGGUGAUCCCGCUGCUGGUUAAUAUCAUGCACUACGUCGUGCCCUACCUCCGCAACCACAGUGCUCACAACGCCCCCAGCUACCGGGCCUGCAUCCAACUGCUGAGCAGCCUGAGCGGGUACCAGUACACCCGGCGCGCCUGGAAGAAGGAGGCCUUCGACCUCUUCAUGGACCACACCUUCUUCCAGAUGGACUCCUCCUGCGUCAGCCACUGGAGAGCCAUCAUUGACCACCUGAUGACUCAUGACAAGACCACAUUCAGAGACCUCAUGACCCGCGUGGCUGUGGCCCAGAGCAGCUCUCUGAGUCUGUUCACUAACAGAGAUGCUGAGCUGGAGCAGAGAGCCAUGCUGCUCAAACGCCUGGCCUUCACCAUCUACAGCAGUGAAGUGGACCAGUACCAGAAAUACCUGCCAGACAUACAAGAGCGUCUGGUGGAGAGCCUGCGUCUGCCUCAGGUGCCCAUCCUCCAUGCUCAGGUGUUCCUGUUCUUCAGAGUGCUGCUGCUGCGCAUGUCCCCUCAACACCUCACCUCACUGUGGCCCACCAUGAUCACUGAACUGGUUCAAGUGUUUCUUCUGAUGGAGCAGGAGCUAACAGCAGAUGAAGACAUAUCAAGGACGUCAGGGCCUUCUGUGGCCGGGCUGGAGACCACCUAUUCUGGUGGAAACGGCUUCUCCACCUCCUACAACAGCCAGCGCUGGCUCAACCUCUACCUGUCUGCCUGCAAGCUGCUGGACCUGGCUCUGGCCCUGCCUCCUGAGAGCCUACCUCAGUUCCAGAUGUACCGCUGGGCCUUCAUUCCAGAGGCUUCGGAUGAUUCAGGGUUGGAAGUGAGACGUCAAGGGACCCACCAGAGAGAGUUCAAACCCUACGUGGUCCGACUGGCCAAGCUGUUGAGGAAACGAGCCAAGAAAAACCCAGAGGAGGACUGCUCCACCAAAACGCUCUCCUGGGAGCCGGGUCACCUGACGCUGACCCUGUACGUGAUCCGCAGCAUGGAGCAGCUACUGCCCUUCUUCAACCUGCUCAGCCAGGUGUUCAACAGCAAGGCCAGCAGCCGCACAGGCCCCGCCUACUCCCGCAACCCCACAGACACCUCCUUCCCCGGACACAAGGAGGAGCCCAAACUGGAGAGCCAGAAAGUGUUCUGGAGUCGAGCUCGGCAGAACAUCGAGGAGAUGGUGGAGAAAGACUUUCUGGAGGGUCUGAUCAAGACGUGAGAACACAGCGAGGGGGAGGACAGGGCAUUAACACACAACUGAUCAACACUAGUGAAAAACCUCAACUUGUACAUUCAAAGAACAAGGGAAUACAAAUGAGGGAAAAAUAGUUUGUACAUUUUCUUUUGUAUUUAUAAUGAUUGUUUUACUUUUCCAAUGCUAUUGUAUUUAAUUUUAAUUAUUUGUAAAUAAGAAGCAGCUUUGAUGACUGAAUUUUAACAUGUCAUGUGAGUCCUUUUGGACUAAGUGAAGAUGCCGUGCCAUUCCAUAUCGAUGUGACUUAAUAAAGAUUUCUAACAGGAGGGUUA